CGGUGGGAGGCUCCGCCCACUGACCUGAACGUCAACAAAAGUGAUCUGCGCAUGCGCAAAAGCUUCUGCGCAUGCAUAGAAGAGCACGUGCAGACAUGAUGAUAACCAGUAGUAAAGGUGAGAACUAAAGAAAGGAACAUUGUAGGUGGCAGAAUAUCUCUUCUGAACUGAAGGUGAUAGAAUAUCAACCAACUCAUAAAAACUCCAGUAGAACCCUUUAGAAUCUACUUCUUCAUUCUUCGACCUUACUUUGGGAAAGUUUUCAGAAUGAAUUUCCUGCGAAGGCGUCUCUCAGACAGUAGUUUUGUGGCUAACUUGCCAAAUGGUUACAUGAUGGACCUUCAGCGUCCAGAUAAUUCCACCAGCAACCCUGUUUCCCCAGCAACAGAGAGGAGGCAGCAGCCAAUACAGCAACCAACUGCUCUUUCUUCUGGUACCAGCAUCUUCAACUCUAUCUCCAGUGCCAUGAAGCAAACCACACAAGCAGCUGCAGGACUCAUAGAGCAAUCAGCAACACCAGUCCCUGUAGCUCAACAGAAACCCCAAAUUCUCUUGAUAAUUGAUGACCCCCACACAGAUUGGGCUAAGUAUUUUCAAGGAAAGAAGGUGAAUGGGGAAUUUGAGAUCCGAGUGGAACAGGCAGAGUUUUCAGAACUCAACUUGGCUGCCUAUUCAACUGCUGGCUGUAUGGUAGACAUGCAGGUCAUCAGGAAUGGCACAAAAGUGGUCAGAUCUUUCAAGCCUGAUUUUGUUCUCAUCCGUCAGCACGCUUACAGCAUGGCCUUAGGGGAAGACUUUCGCAGCCUUAUCAUUGGCCUCCAAUAUGGUGGGGUCCAUAGUGUCAAUUCACUUUUCUCUAUCUACAAUUUCUGCAGCAAACCAUGGGUGUUCUCUCAGCUAAUUAAGAUUGUCAGCUCAUUGGGUCCUGAGAAGUUCCCUCUUGUAGAACAAACAUUCUUCCCAAGCCAUAAGCAGAUGCUCACAACUCCAGUUUUUCCAAUGGUCAUCAAACUGGGACAUGCUCAUUCAGGAAUGGGAAAGGUGAAAAUUGAGAACCAGCAUGAUUUCCAAGACAUUGUAAGUGUGGUAGCCAUGGCCAAAACGUAUGUCACGACAGAGACUUUCGUUGACUCCAAAUACGACAUCCGAAUCCAGAAAAUUGGCAACAAUUACAAAGCUUACAUGAGGACAUCAAUCUCUGGAAACUGGAAAGCAAACACAGGUUCUGCCAUGUUGGAACAGAUCGCCAUGACUGAGAGAUACCGACUCUGGGCAGAUUCUGUUGCAGAGAUGUUUGGCGGCCUUGACAUCUGUGCAGUCAAAGCUGUUCACAGCAAGGAUGGGAAAGAUUAUAUCAUUGAGGUGAUGGACAGCUCAAUGCCUCUGAUAGGAGAGCAUGUGGAGGAAGAUAGGCAGCUUAUAGCUGAUAUGGUGGUAUCUAGGAUGACACAGACUUUAAUGACUGUGGGAUCUUCUUCUUCACCUCUGAGGCCUUGGCCUCCAUCAUUGAAAUCACAAAUGUCAGGACCACAUCUUGGACAGCUUUCCCAACCCCGACCACCACCUCAAGGUGGCCCAUGGCAGCCUCAAGGAUCACAGCCCAUACAGCCAGGAGCCCCACCCCAGCAAAGGCUGUCCCCACAGGGUCAGCAACCUCUGAGCCCUCAGUCCACCUCAUCACAGCAGCAGAAGUCACCUGGAUCUCCCCAGCAAACUAGAUCGUCAUCAGGAAGCUCACCAAGUCAGCUUUCCAAAUUAGGCACGUUUCCCACCCAGCAACCUCGGCCUCCAGCACAAGGAUGGGCUCCUGGUCAAGGAUUCAGUGAACCUUCUAAGCAGCAUCCUCAUCUGAACAAAUCACAAUCCUUGACAAACACCUUCAACAUCUCAGAAUCUUCACAGCGAGGUAUCACAAAUGAAGAUGAGGCAAAGGCUGAAACCAUCCGCAACCUGAGGAAAUCAUUUGCUAGCCUGUUUUCCGAUUAGCAUCACAAUCCAACCUUAGAGCAAUUUUGGAUAUUUGGGUCUUCUUUUCUUGCAAAUUCCUCACUCAUUUUAUAGUUCCCUAUACAAAUUUGUCUUUAAACGUAUCAAUCAUUAUAGUUUCUUGUAUGUAUUCCUAUAUUCAGUAAAGGGAGGGAAAAUCAAAAGGCAAUUGAAUCUGCCUCCCUGUGAUCUGGAUCCCAUUGGUGUCUAAAUGCUAUCAAGUUACAGAAAGCAAAUACAUGUCCACCAUCACCUACACGCAGAGGUCAUCUCAUGCAUGGAUCAGGCCUAUAGAAUGCUGCAGUGCAUAUAAACUGCCUUGAACACUUGCUGUGCCAUUUGCGGCAGAUGUGCAGAAAAGAGGCAAGUGAGGUGAAACUUAUCAUCUUCCUCGAUGUUCAUUUAUCUUAACUAUUUUUAUCUACUAGCAUGAUUCUUCAUGUCUUUUAUAAGUCAGGUUCUAGUUUACUCUUUUAAAAACUCAAAUUAUAA